AUGGCUACCCCCACAUUGUCCGCCAUGAUCGACCCGACAAAGCAGGCCGAAUACCCAAUUGUGCUAGGGGAAAGGCUUGCUCGAAACCCAAACACGAGCCGGCUGAUCAACGUUAACUACAACCACAAAUCCAAGUCCGCCACCUCACAGCAACGUUCGGUCAUCACCCACUCCCGAUCGGCCGACCUCUAUGACCUCGCCGUGACUGAUAAGGCCCCGAACGCCGAUCAAACGUUGACCUAUUCAUACAAAGGCAGCGAGGACCCGUCGGGCGAGCGAAGCCUGGUACUCAUCUUUGACCCGGAGCGGAAAGUCUUUGUUCUGGAGCCGGUCUCGACAACCUUGAACUUUAAUCUACGGUCGGCACCAGGAAAGACGGAAAAGCAGGUCCGCGAGCAAUACGAACAACUACAGAUAAAGGAAGAAGAUGAACCAGCGAACCCGGUAGAAGACCGGCACGGGGGAAGCGCCAGCGAGGAUGAGGGGCCGGCCGACGACAGCAAUCCCUAUGACUUCCGACAUUUCCUCCCGAAGAAUCGCCGCGAGGAUGACAAGCCGCCCUCGGGCUACAGCACCCCGGAACUUGUCACCAGCCGGGCCAGCACACCGUUAAUGCCGGCUGCCAGAUCCGCGCCGAGACCCGCACCUCGACCCACAACGCAAGCAAACCCCCUACGACAGAAGAGACCGCCAGCAAAAGCACCCGCCAAAACAUACAAGUCAAGCGAGCCGGUCAUUUAUCCCGACCCGUCUGAGCACGGGGACUCGCGCUCGUCGCCGUCCGAUGCAGGCACCGGGUCACAACAAGCUGGGCAGUCUCCUGGCUCGAAUAUCAUUGUCGAUGGAGAUCUCAUUAUUGAUAUGGGAUCUCCACCUCCGCGUCCGCUCGUGGACCGGACUUACUUCUCGUCGAAUAAUACACCGGCAGAUGACGAUGGCGACGAAGACGUUGGGGAGUUUAGUCUGCCCUCCCCGGUCGGCAAUACAGCUCCACUUUCCUCAGGGCACACAGACACGGCUGCUCAAGAGGACGAAAUGGAAGAUGAUGAUGCUUUGGCGGCAGAGAUGGAAGCCGCCUUUGAGCAAAGUGCUCGUGAAGAGGAGGCUCGGAACAACCAGUACAGUCAGCCAACGACCAGGCAAUAUAUCCCCAGUGAUGAUGAGAGCGAGGUCAGCGAGGAGGAGUAA